UUUACUGCGGCGGCGGCGGCGGCAGCAGCAGCGGCACCUUGCAACCUCAGUGGGGAGAGGGCGACCGGCCGGUGCUUGCAGUCCCCAAGGUUUUCCCACCCGGAUUUUCGCACCCCACCUUCACUUUAGAUACGCCCUCGCCUUGUCCUUCCUUGCUGAGGCGCCCACGGCUGGUCUGACAGACCACAUCGCGGCAAGUGAUGAAGCUGUGACAGGUUUGAAAACGCAAUGGCAGGAAACAGCCUUGUUCUACCCAUUGUGCUGUGGGGCCGCAAAGCACCAACACAUUGCGUCUCAGCAGUGCUUUUAACAGAUGAUGGGGCCACAAUUGUUACAGGAUGCCAUGACGGACAAAUAUGUCUCUGGGAUCUUUCAGUAGAAUUAGAAGUUAAUCCUCGAGCAUUGUUAUUUGGUCAUACAGCAGCAAUCACUUGUUUGUCUAAAGCUUGUGCUUCUAGUGAUAAGCAAUAUAUUGUGAGUGCAUCUGCAAGUGGUGAGAUGUGCCUCUGGGAUGUGAAUGAUGGCAGAUGCAUUGAGUUUACAAAAUUAGCCUGCACACAUACUGGCAUACAGUUCUACCAAUUCUCUGUUGGAAAUCAGCGAGAAGGAAGACUUUUAUGCCAUGGACAUUACCCUGAAAUCCUCGUUGUGGAUGCUACCAGCCUUGAGGUGUUAUACUCCUUAGUAUCGAAGAUAUCACCAGACUGGAUUAGCUCCAUGAGUAUUAUUCGAUCCCAUCGAACACAAGAGGACACUGUGGUAGCACUCUCAGUGACAGGCAUCUUGAAGGUGUGGAUCGUUACCUCUGAAAUAAGUGGCAUGCAGGAUACUGAGCCAAUAUUUGAGGAGGAAUCCAAACCAAUUUAUUGUCAGAACUGUCAAAGCAUCUCUUUUUGUGCAUUCACCCAAAGAUCACUUUUGGUUGUGUGCUCCAAAUAUUGGAGGGUAUUUGAUGCUGGAGACUAUUCCCUGUUGUGUUCAGGUCCUAGUGAAAAUGGACAGACUUGGACUGGAGGGGAUUUUAUAUCAGCAGAUAAAGUAAUCAUUUGGACUGAAAAUGGGCAAAGUUAUAUUUACAAACUACCUGCCAGUUGCCUUCCAGCUAGUGAUUCAUUCCGCAGUGAUGUGGGGAAAGCAGUUGAAAAUUUAAUUCCUCCAGUACAACAUAGCCUUUUGGACCGAAAAGAUAAAGAGCUGCUAAUUUGUCCUCCUGUUACUCGGUUCUUCUAUGGAUGCAAGGAAUAUUUCCAUAAACUAUUAAUUCAGGGUGAUUCUUCUGGAAGAUUAAAUAUUUGGAACAUAUCAGACACUCCUGAUAAACAGGAAGGUGAUGAAGGGCUGAAAAUGACAACUUCUAUCAGCUUGCAAGAGGCUUUUGAUAAACUGAAUCCUUGUCCUGCUGGAAUUAUAGAUCAGCUGAGUGUGAUUCCCAAUAGUAACGAGCCUCUUAAGGUGACUGCAAGUGUGUACAUACCAGCACAUGGACGGCUGGUUUGUGGCCGUGAAGAUGGAAGCAUAAUUAUCGUACCUGCCACACAGACGGCCAUAGUGCAGCUGUUACAAGGGGAGCACAUGCUCAGGAGAGGUUGGCCACCUCACAGAACACUCCGUGGUCAUCGGAACAAAGUCACAUGUUUGCUAUAUCCUCAUCAGGUCUCAGCUCGCUAUGAUCAAAGAUACCUGAUAUCUGGAGGUGUGGAUUUUUCUGUCAUAAUUUGGGACAUAUUUUCUGGAGAAAUGAAACAUAUCUUCUGUGUUCAUGGUGGUGAGAUUACUCAACUUCUAGUUCCACCCGAAAACUGUAGUGCAAGAGUGCAGCAUUGCAUCUGCUCGGUAGCCAGUGACCACUCAGUAGGACUUCUAAGUUUGCGAGAGAAAAAAUGCAUCAUGUUGGCAUCUCGGCACCUUUUCCCUAUUCAGAUAAUCAAGUGGAGACCCUCUGAUGAUUACCUGGUAGUGGGGUGUUCAGAUGGCUCUGUGUAUGUCUGGCAAAUGGAUACUGGUGCUUUGGAUCGUUGUGUGAUGGGCAUAACAGCAGUAGAGAUACUGAACGCUUGUGAUGAAGCAGUUCCUGCUGCAGUAGAUUCACUCAGUCAUCCAGCAGUCAACCUCAAACAAGCUAUGACAAGACGCAGUCUUGCUGCCCUUAAAAAUAUAGCCCAUCACAAACUACAAACCCUUGCAACUAACCUCUUGGCUUCUGAGGCAUCCGACAAGGGGAAUUUACCUAAAUAUUCUCAUAACUCCCUGAUGGUUCAAGCAAUAAAGACAAACCUCACAGACCCGGACAUACAUGUGCUUUUCUUUGAUGUGGAAGCGUUGAUUAUUCAACUCCUGACUGAAGAAGCCUCUAGGCCGAAUACUGCGCUUAUUUCCCCAGAGAAUUUGCAAAAAGCAUCUGGCAGUUCAGACAAAGGGGGCUCUUUUCUAACUGGAAAGCGAGCAGCGGUUCUCUUCCAACAAGUGAAAGAGACUAUCAAAGAGAACAUAAAGGAACACCUCCUUGAUGACGAAGAAGAGGAUGAAGAGAUAAUGAGGCAGAGAAGGGAAGAAAGUGACCCUGAGUACCGGGCCAGCAAAUCUAAGCCGUUGACCCUAUUGGAAUAUAACUUAACUAUGGACACUGCAAAACUGUUCAUGUCCUGCCUUCAUGCCUGGGGUUUGAAUGAAGUUCUGGAUGAAGUUUGUCUUGAUCGCCUUGGAAUGCUGAAGCCACACUGUACAGUGUCGUUUGGCCUCUUAUCAAGAGGAGGUCAUAUGUCCCUGAUGCUGCCUGGAUAUAAUCAGGCCACUUGUAAACUACCACAUGGGAAAGCAGAAACAGGAAGGAAGUUGCCUGCAACUGAGGGAGUAGGAAAGGGAACUUACGGAGUGUCUCGAGCCGUCACCACCCAGCAUCUCCUGUCUAUCAUAUCUUUGGCAAAUACUUUAAUGAGUAUGACCAAUGCAACUUUUAUUGGUGACCAUAUGAAGAAGGGUCCUACCAGGCCACCUAGACCAAGCACCCCAGACCUUUCUAAGGCAAGGGGUUCCCCUCCAACUUCCAGUAAUAUUGUGCAAGGACAGAUUAAACAAGUCGCUGCACCUGUCGUUUCCGCUCGGUCUGAUGCUGAUCACUCUGGCUCUGGCUCUGACUCUGCUUCUACUCCUGCUUUACAUACCUGUUUCUUAGUAAAUGAAGGAUGGAGUCAGUUAGCUGCUAUGCAUUGUGUCAUGCUGCCAGACCUGCUGGGAUUGGAUAAGUUUAGGCCUCCACUUCUGGAGAUGCUGGCUCGAAGAUGGCAGGAUCGUUGCUUGGAGGUGAGAGAAGCUGCCCAGGCCCUACUUCUAGCAGAACUGAGGAGAAUUGAGCAGGCGGGACGAAAGGAAGCCAUUGAUGCCUGGGCUCCUUAUUUACCUCAGUAUAUGGACCACGUCAUAUCACCUGGAGUCACAGCAGAAGCCAUGCAGACUAUCACCACUGCUCCUGAUGCCUCAGGGUCAGAAGCCAAAGUUCAAGAGGAAGAGCAUGACCUUGUGGAUGAUGACAUCACCACUGGUUGCUUAUCGAGUAUCCCACAAAUGAAAAAAAUUUCCACAUCUUACGAAGAAAGACGGAAGCAAGCGACAGCUAUUGUUUUACUAGGAGUAAUAGGAGCUGAAUUUGGUGCUGAAAUUGAGCCUCCUAAAUUGUUGACCAGACCUAGAAGCUCUAGUCAAAUUCCUGAAGGCUUUGGUUUGACUAGUGGAGGAUCCAACUACUCACUGGCCAGACAUACUUGCAAGGCUUUGACAUUUCUUCUGCUACAGCCGCCGAGCCCCAAACUUCCUCCACACAGCACUAUCCGUCGAACAGCCAUUGACCUGAUCGGGCGAGGAUUCACAGUUUGGGAGCCUUACAUGGAUGUGUCUGCUGUUCUGAUGGGACUUCUGGAACUCUGUGCUGAUGCAGAGAAACAACUUGCCAACAUCACAAUGGGGCUGCCUCUGAGCCCAGCAGCUGACUCCGCCCGCUCUGCAAGGCAUGCCCUCUCUCUCAUUGCCACUGCCAGACCACCCGCCUUCAUCACCACUAUAGCCAAAGAGGUACACAGACAUACAGCUCUUGCAGCAAAUACCCAAUCACAGCAUAUGCACACUACAACCCUUGCGCGAGCUAAAGGGGAUCUGAGAGUCAUUGAAAUUCUCAUCGAAAAGAUGCCUACAGAUGUUGUGGAUCUCUUGCUAAAGGUUAUGGACAUCAUUAUGUACUGCCUGGAAGGAUCUUUAGUAAAGAAAGGUCUUCAAGAGUGUUUUCCAGCUAUCUGCAGGUUCUACAUGGUCAGCUAUUACGAGCGGAAUCACAGAAUAGCAGUGGGAGCACGCCAUGGUUCAGUGGCCCUGUACGACAUUCGGACUGGAAAAUGUCAGACAAUCCAUGGACACAAGGGACCAAUCACUGCAGUGGCCUUUGCUCCUGAUGGGCGAUAUCUUGCCACCUACUCCAACACUGACAGUCACAUUUCUUUCUGGCAGAUGAAUACGUCACUAUUGGGAAGCAUCGGCAUGCUGAACUCGGCCCCUCAACUGCGCUGCAUUAAAACCUACCAGGUGCCCCCCGUGCAGCCGGCGUCUCCCGGCUCCCACAAUGCCCUCAGACUGGCCCGGCUCAUCUGGACUUCUAACCGCAAUGUCAUCCUCAUGGCGCACGACGGGAAGGAGCACCGCUUCAUGGUCUAGCGCUAUCUGCUGCCCUAACUGCAUUUUGGUUCUCUCAGUUCUCUAGGCCGAUGUUGCUCUGUCCUUAUGGCGAUCAUUCCUUGGUGCCAGCCCACCCCAGUGACAUCCAGGGGCGUGGCCGGGUCUGUGUCACUUGUGCAUGCUUCUUGGGGGCAGACUCCUGCACGGGCCUCCUAUUGAUUCAGAGGCAUGCACACACCACUCAACAGGAUGUGGCCAUUCUGUCACUAGGUGGUUUUUCCCUGCCAGAGAUGGGAGGGGAAAGCCAGCAGUUCCUGGGAACGCUCUUGUUGCUCAGUGCAACAGAAGCCUGAAAAUCAAUAACCACUGUGAUUGCACUCCCAGCCCGAUCAGCCUUCCCAGCCAUCGAAGCCAGCCCCGAGUUCUGCUUAAAUCUGGCCAUUCUGAUGCUGGCGUUGAGGUGAUGUGGCAGUCCUCAUUAUUGAAAUUAUUCCCUUUGGAUUUCCUAAAAUAUACUGUUGUUUACCAAAAAGAUUCUGUGUUUACAUGUUUUUUUCCACUGGUAAUUGCUAGGGAAUUACUCAAUUAAUUUCCUAGGAAUUAGCCACCACCUUCUUCAGUGACACCUAGUUGAUUUGAGAUGAAUGAAAAAAUAUUUAAAUUUUUUUCCUGGUGUAGAAAUACAUUUUCCAGACACCUAGCUUUCUAUAGUGCUUAUUUCCUGCUGAAAUAAUGGUGAAUGUAGUAGUUUAAAAUAAAAAAUCAUCACUAUUUAUAAUCUAGCUAAUAUAAUAUCCAGUCACUGUAACUAAUCUUUUGAAGGAACUCUUGUGAUAAUGAAGCAAGUUUGGAAUCAUAGCAUAAACCUAAAAUGAAGACUCUACUCCAUCCUGCUCUAUAUUUUUUGUUCAGGAAAGAGAUUGCUUCUUCCUUCCAGAAACAUCACAACCGCCAUGUGUAUGACAUGUCAGUUAUCAUGCAAGAAUUACAAGUCAGCAUUCCAACUACUGAUCAGUGAAUGGAAAACUAAGGAGGGAUUUCUUUUAGACAAGUAUACUUGAAAAUUAAUAUCAAAGGCACAAAUGUUUAGGAAUGGGGUUUCUGGGUUGGUUUGAAAAGACAUUGCAGCAACUAUGUUCUUGAGACUCUGAAGGAAGCUUUAUGCUGGUCUGACUUACUGUAAUGAAAAAGCCCAUCAGUUAAUAUUUUAUAUGAAUUGCUCCUAACAACUUUUAUUGAUAUAUUGUUUGGGGCAGUGGUUGGUUGGUUGGUUGGUUGGUUGGUUGACUGGCUGUCUGGUUGUUGAUUGGUUUGUUAGUUAGGCAAAAUGGUUUAUUAAAGGAAAAAUACAAAACAGUUUAUUAAAUUCAGAGAAAAUAUGCAAAGUUUACAGAGGAACCGGAAUAAUAAUGGAAGCACUUAAUCUAAAAGGCAUAGGUUGUUUCUGUAAUUUACAGAAACAUAGGAUCAAGGUCCAGAGACAAAUAUAUCUGUUAUUUUACUAAAACAGAUUUUUAAAGAACAUAGUAAAAAAUUAAACCCACUAGAACAUACCUUUCAUAUUGAUAUGAAAUGCGAUCUCCAUUGAUGGCAAAUAUGUACUAUUCCUUGGUUUUAGAUGUGGGGUGUUCUUUCAAAAGUGAAUAUAUGCUACAUGCAUGUACAUCAUAUUCAUAAUGAUUAUAUUUGUAGUUUCCAAGAAAGAAACCAUGAACUACACAGUGUAGACUUUGUGUGGUGAACGUGCCGUUGUGUUUGUGGUAGAGAAAUGUGGGGAAAACUAAAAGGCACACUGUGUUUUUCCAGUGGGUUUCUGAGUCUGCUCUGUACUCAGCACAUGUUUUUUAUGAACUUAAAUGCAAAUUAAUUUAUUCUACACUACAAAACUAUUUGGAAUGAUGAGAUAAGCGUAAACCUUAGGGGGAAAAAUUGUUUUAACAACGUUCUAUGCAUCAGAAAAAAGGUGUGUGACUAGUAGGCAGGCCACCACCCUGCACAGAUGGUACCCACCAUGGAGACUGAGGACAAAACUGGGAGAACCCAGGGACCAAAACCCCUGGUCCAGGGGACAGCUAGCCUCUCCACAUCCCACGCACCCAGACCCUGGCUGUGAUCAGCCAGUAGAACGUGAGGACUGUGAAACCCCGUGGGGGUUAUGUUGCCGAUCAGAUGACAUCUCUAACUGCUGAACUGAUAUUUACAUUCUUGUUAACAUAAUGCUCGCCUUCGCUAUUUGACACCCACAGUCCCAAACUUCAUCCCAGCUUGUUUCUCAGCUCCGAGGUAAACUUCGUAUUGUCACCCAGUGUACACUGUUAGUGUUUUAUUGAUUUUGUUAGCGCUGCUUUUGGACCUGUCCUUGUAAAUGUAGAGACAUAUGUGGCUCCAUUGGUAAUUUACAAGCAAAAGAUGACAUGACGUGACAUCUGUAUGAAAAUGUCGUACUGACUGAACUUACUAUGUACAGCAAGUGAAUUAAAAUGUCUGCCUUCCAAGACAUUUCUGGAUGAUUCCACCUAUUAGAUUCUGUAUGUGCUGAAUGUUCCUGUGUACAUAAUGUGUGUUAAAUAAAACUGAAUUGUACUGA